AUAUAAUUGGGUUCUACUACUCACUACUCGCUACUCAGCUCGUUCGAGUCCUUCUUCCCAAAAGCACUUUUAUCACUUUUGGUUUUACCAACCAACCUCCUCCUUGCUCACUUUUUCAACGCACUCUCCCUCUCUCCACCCCUCUCAAAUCCUCUCUCUCUUUCUCUCCGUUGUUUUCAACCACUUAAACUCCCACCACCACUCUCAUCAAUAAACAUUAAACACCUGACCACCGUUACCACCCACCACCACCACAACCCAAAAACCAAAAAAAAACAAAAAACAGAGCAAAAGACGAAAAUGGAUUUGAACAACAACUUCACCGGAGCUUCAAGGCCCUCCCCGACAUCCUCGACUGACAUGGAGCAGAUGUCGGAGACCCCACAGCGCGGGUCCCACCACCGCCGAGCCCACUCUGACACCUCCUUCCGCAUCCCCAACUUCGACGACCUCCUCCUCUUCGACCCUUCCGACCUCGACCUCUCCUGCCUCCCCUCCCCAACCAUCCUGCCACGUAGCAGCAACCCAAUGACCCAGGACUCCGACGACUCCUCCGGCCCACCCAACCCCUUCCCGAGCUCCAGGCCCGGCGGCCCCUCCACCGCAUCCGCCGCCCACCUCCGGAGCCUAUCCGUCGACUCCGACUUCUUCGACGGCCUCGGCCUCGGCGCCGGAGGAGACUCCGGCAGAGAAGCCCUUGUGGGGCAGAGGUCUGGGUCCCACCACAGGCACAGCAACUCAAUGGACGGCUCCUUUACGCCGUCGUUUGAGGCGGACUCGCCUGUGAUCGUGGUGGACGGUAUCAAGAAGUCCAUAGCUCCUGAGAGACUUGCUGAGCUCUCUCUUAUUGACCCGAAGAGAGCUAAAAGGAUUUUAGCCAAUAGACAAUCUGCUGCGCGGUCGAAGGAGAGGAAGGUGAGAUAUACCAAUGAGCUGGAGAGGAAGGUGCAGACGCUUCAGACAGAGGCAACAACCCUAUCAGCACAGGUCACUCUGUUACAGAGGGACACUACUGUUAUAACUGCUGAGAAUAAGGAGCUCAAGCUUCGCUUACAGGCUAUGGAGCAACAAGCACAACUAAGAGAUGCCUUGAAUGAAAAACUUAAGGAGGAGGUUCAGCGGCUUAAGAUUGAAACCAACCAAAUCCCACCUGGGAAUGGAAACCCUUUCUACAGAGGGCUCCCCCCUCAAUAUGCCGCCCCUCAGUCGUCCUCACAUCAUCAGCUUGGUAGCGGCCAGACCCAGCAGCACCAUCACAUGCUUCACAACCAGGCUGUUUCCAAUGGACAGGCUCGCCCGAGCUUCAUGGACUUCAACCAGAGGGCCUAGAAACUCUAUUUUAGUUAUUGACCACAGGAACAUAUUUAUGUUUGAGAAUUUAGAGGAGGGUAGUUAAUCUCAGAUAGCUUCUUGUACAUACUACAUACAGAUGUAUAUGUAUGUGGUGCAGGACUUAAGGCUGUGAAGAUUGCUGCUCACACAGUACACAGAACCCACAGUACCCUGUAUCAGUUAAAAACUAUAGAUGAAUUAUGUUAUCAUUUCUAGGAGAUAGGAUCGUUUAGAGCAUGUUUUAGUCCUAAUCUUACUGGAACACCUGCUGGGUUGUAUUAGCGUUUAUGCUAAUAAGAUCUUUUAUUUCCUAUGGAAGAUUGAUUUACUCUG